CCCCCCCAGGCUAGAACCAAGAAGGCUGUGUCCCCCUUCCUCUGGGUGUCCUUCCUGUCUCCCGCUAUCAGGGCUUCCCCUUUCUUGGUGAUUGAUUUCUAGAGCUCUGACUCUCAGUCGUCUUGGGGAACCUUAACAUCCGCAGCAAGGCCUGACGGGGGACCUGAGGUGACUGCUCUCACGAUUUUUGCCAGUGGGGGCACAGUCCUCACGAUGUUCCAGGGGUAAUAGGAGUUGGAACCAGAGCCUCAAAGCCAUUCCCUGCAACCAUGGGGCCCUCAUUGAGUCGUCUACUGGCUGGUCUCUGUGUAUGGGUGGUCUUGCGCUGGGUAGGGGGCUCAGUCCCCAACCUGGGCCCUGCAGAGCAGGAGCAGAACCAUUACCUGGCCCAGCUGUUUGGCCUGUAUGGAGAGAAUGGGACGCUGACUGCAGGGGGCCUUGCCAGGCUUCUCCACAGCCUGGGGCUAGGCCGAGUUCAGGGGCUUCGCCUGGGACACCAUGGGCCUCAGACUGGGCAGGCCAUACCCCCAGCCGCAGACAAUUCCACACACAGGCCACAGGACCCUGAGCUGAGUGUGGAUGUCUGGGCAGGGAUGCCUCUGGGUCCCUCAGGGUGGGGUGAUCUGGAGGAGUCAAAGGCCCCCCACCUACCCCAUGGGCCAGCCGCCUCGGGCCUGGACCUCUUUCACAGGCUUCUGCUGCUGGACCACUCGUUGGCUGACCAUCUGAAUGAGGAUUGUCUGAAUGGCUCUCAGCUGCUGGUCAACUUUGGCCUGAGCCCUGCUGCUCCUCUGACCCCUCGUCAGUUUGCUCUGCUGUGCCCAGCCCUGCUUUAUCAGAUCGACAGCCGUGUCUGCAUCCAAGCUCCAACCCCUGCACCCCCAGUGAAUCUCCUAUCUGCCUUGCUUCACAGCACCCUGGCAAUCCUGUUGCUCAGCCUCCCUGCUCCCCUCUCCCUGCUGUUGCUGCGGCUCCUGGGACCUCGUCUAUUGCGACCCCUGCUGGGCUUCCUGGGUGCCCUGGCAGUGGGCACUCUUUGUGGGGAUGCACUGCUACACCUGCUGCCUCACGUACAAGAAGGGCAGCACGCAGGACCUAGUGGGCAACCAGAAGAGGACCUGAGUCCAGGGCUAUUGGUGCUUGGAGGCCUCUUCCUGCUCUUCGUGCUGGAGAACAUGCUAGGGCUUUUGCGGCACCGAGGGCUCAGGCCAAGAUGCUGCAGGCGAAAAAGAAGGGAUCUCGCAACACCAAACCUGGACCUGGAGGAUGGCAGUGGGAUGGCCCUUCAGCCCCUACAGGCAGCUCCAGAGCCAGGGGCUCAGGGCCAGAAGGAAGACAGCCAGCCCCCACCAGCCGCAGCCCCUUCUGGGCACCAAGGCCACAGUCAUGGGCACCAAGGUGGCACCAACAUCACGUGGAUGGUCCUCCUGGGAGACGGUCUACACAACCUUACUGAUGGGCUGGCCAUAGGUGCUGCCUUCUCUGACGGCUUCUCUAGUGGCCUCAGCACCACCCUAGCAGUCUUCUGCCAUGAGUUGCCCCACGAACUGGGUGACUUUGCAGUGCUACUCCAGGCAGGGCUGCCUUUUCGGCGGCUGCUGCUGCUGAGCCUCGUGUCUGGAGCCCUGGGACUGGGGGGUGCCGCCCUGGGGGUGGGGCUCAGCUUGGGCCCUGCCCCCCUCACUCCCUGGGUAUUUGGGAUCACUGCCGGGGUCUUCCUCUAUGUGGCCCUUGUGGACAUGCUACCAGCCCUGCUUCGUCCUCCUGAGCCCUUACCUAUGCUUGAUGUGCUACUGCAGGGGCUGGGGCUGCUGCUGGGGGGCAGCCUCAUGCUUACCAUAGCCCUGCUGGAGGAGCAGCUAUUGCCCCUGGUCUCUGAUGGCUGAUGGGGCCAGUGGAGAGGGGUCCAGGUUGCCCUUUCCUUCCCCCCAACCACAGGAAAGGAGGCGGGACACAGGGCCAGUAGGAGCAAUAGGAUUUUAAUAAACAGAACCCAUCCCAAA